AUGAAAGACGAAGACUUCGAGCGGAUGAGACAAGCCGCUCUGGUGGCUCAGGAUAAACGGCCCCAAGAGGUCCCCUUCAUCUUCGUGGAUGGUGAUGAGGAGGACGCAGACGCCAGGACGGGCGCUGAGGAAGCGGGGGCGGGUGCAGGGGGGGGAGUGGAGCGUGUUGGUGAUGGUGAUGGUGAUGGUGGUAGUGUUACUACCAUCGACGACGAGGAACAGGAGCAAGAGGAGGAGGAGGAGGGGGAACAGCUUAGAGGGGAGGGGGAUCGAGGGAUGCAGUAG